GUGAUCAUCUUCUUGGUUUUGCUCGUAUGGUGGCUGGAGAUUUCCCCUGACACCGGGCUCGAGUUCCUGGACUACUUUUCCGGAAAGGCUCGCUUGUCUCUGAUGGCUGAAGGGGCUGGUUAUCGAGUACAAGCUUACGACAAGACUUAUGGUGAUGAGCGUGCCAAGAAAAACAAGAAAAGAUCGGCCAUGGAUCUCAAUUCAAACGCAGGAAUGGUGAUGGCCAUCUCGUUGAUUUUGCGGUCCAAACUGGACAAUGUCGUGGCGGCCCUGGGUGUGGUAUGCUCAACCUGGGUGCCGGUUAACAGAGGCACGUCGAAGCGCUGCUACCUGUGCCCACACGGGGAUGAGUCAGUGGUCAGUGUUCGCAAAGCCAACAAGCUUAUGGCCAGGAGAGAUGGAUAUGUAGCACUUGUACUUAAAAGAGCACUUUAG